CUGCGUUUUGGUGUGCAGAACAAGGCGAAAGUGGGCUGUGGGCUAAGGCGGGGCAGCCAAUACGUAAAUGAAAACCGUCCGCCGAAUUUUAUCACUCCCUCUCUUCCACCACAACUCCCCCAUAUACCCUCCCCACAACCACAUUUCAUCAUGGUCUCCGCAUCCAAAGCCGCCCGUGAGGCUAAGCGCGCUGCCGCCGGAAAGGAGCCCAAGAAGACUGCUGCCUCCAAGCUCUCUUCCAAAAACGCCUCCAAGAAUGCCUCCAAGGCAUCAUCCGUCAACGGCGAUGACGCCGAGGACCUCGAACUCAACGAGGAGGUCAAGAAGCUCACUAUGCAGGAAGACAAACACGGCCUGUCCGACCGCGUCACCACUGGUGUGCUUUCUUCGCUUGAGGCCUCUCGCGAUGUCAAAAUCACCUCUGCCUCGCUUGUGUUCCACGGCCGCGUUCUGUUCAACGACACCACCAUCGAGGUCAACUAUGGCCGCCGAUACGGCCUGUUGGGAGAGAACGGCUGCGGAAAGUCCACACUGCUCAAGGCCAUUGACAAGCGCGAGUUUCCCUUCCCCGAGCACAUCGACAUCUACUUGCUGGACAAGGGCGCCCCCGCCACCGAUUUGGGCGCUCUGGAGUGGGUCGUAAGGGAGGCUGAGAACGAGCUCGCUCGUCUGGAGAAACUGGCCGAGGAUAUCCUCGAGAAGGAUGGUCCCGAGGCUCCCAUGCUUGAGGAAAUCUACGAGCGACAAGAAGGAAUGGAUCCUUCAACCUUCCACACCCGCGCCUCGCUCAUCUUGACCGGUCUCGGUUUCAACAAACACACCAUUCACAAGAAGACCAAGGACAUGUCUGGUGGUUGGAAGAUGCGUGUUGCUCUUGCCAAAGCUCUUUUCGUCAAGCCCUCUCUCCUUUUGCUCGAUGACCCUACAGCUCAUUUGGACUUGGAGGCCUGUGUGUGGCUCGAAGAGUAUAUGAAGAAGUGGGAUCGUACCCUCAUCCUGGUCUCCCACUCCAUGGAUUUCUUGAACGGUGUCUGCACCAACAUGAUCGAUAUGCGUGAGAAGCAACUCAUGUACUACGGUGGUAACUACGACACCUACAUCAAGACCCGUACGGAACAGGAGGUCAACCAGACCAAGGCCUAUGAGAAGCAGCAAGAUGAAAUCAAGCACAUCAAGAAGUUCAUUGCUUCCGCCGGUACAUAUGCCAACUUGGUGCGUCAAGCCAAGUCUCGCCAGAAGAUUUUGGACAAGAUGGAGGCAGACGGUUUCAUUCAGCCCGUUCACCAAGAUCGAGUCUUCACUUUCCGAUUCGCGGACGUGGAGAAGCUUCCUCCACCCGUCUUGUCGCUCGAUGACAUGUCCUUUUCUUACUCUGGCAACCUAGAAGACACCCUUUACGAGAACCUCGACUUUGGUGUCGACAUGGACUCCCGAACGGCACUUGUUGGCCCCAACGGUGUUGGAAAAUCGACUCUACUUCGAAUCUUCACUGGCCAGCUGUCCCCUACUAGGGGUGUCGUUUCUCGCCACUCCCACUUGAAGCUUGGCAUGUACACCCAACAUUCGGCCGAAGCGCUCGAUCUCACAAAGUCUGCUCUUGACUUUGUACGUGACAAGUAUGCCAGUACAUCUCAGGACUACCAAUACUGGCGCCAACAGCUUGGCAAAUACGGUCUGAGCGGUGACUCCCAGACGGCAAAGAUGGCCACCUUGUCCGAAGGUCAGAAGAGUCGUAUCGUGUUUGCCCUGUUGGCCAUUGAGAGUCCCAACAUGCUGCUGCUCGAUGAGCCUACCAACGGUCUGGACAUUCCUACCAUUGACAGUUUGGCGGAUGCUAUCAACGCCUUCAGCGGUGGUGUUGUUGUUGUUUCUCACGACUUCAGGUUGCUUGACAAGAUUGCAAAGGACAUCAUGGUGUGCGAACACAAGACUGUCCGCAGGUGGGAUGGCUCUAUUGGUGAUUACAAGAAGCAUCUGCAGAAGAAGAUGCACUCCACUGGCGCUAUCUAG